ACAUAAAAAACCCGCACGAGAAGUCGAGCACCUGCGCCUAAACUCUUUACUGUCACGUAUAUAUUAAGACCCAGGGUUGUCUAAUCUCCCAAUUUCCUCCAGUUGAAUUUCGAUUUAGGGUUUUUUAUCUUCAAAUUUGAGAGAUUUUGGCUAUUUAGAGAUCAAUCAGGGUUUUUUUAUUUAUUUAUUUCUGCGAGUCUGAGUUUAAAUUAAUCUACUGUAAACGAUGCCUCCACGAACGUUGAAGAGAGGAGCGGCAGCGGCUGCGAAGAAAAGAACGGUGAGGAAGGUGCAGAAUCAGCAACAGCCAGAAACGGCGGAGGAGGCGUUGAAUUUGGAGGAGAAACAGACGGUGGUUGACGAGAAACCUGUGGCUAUGGAGGAGGAGGAGAUUGUGGUUGUUGAAGACAAAUUAUUUACUGAAGAGAAGAAAGAUGGAGAAGAUGAAAUUGAAGCUGAUGUGGACGCGAAUGGAUCAGCUUCUUUGAAAAAAGAGGACGGGGUCAAGGAGCCUGUAGACGAGUAUGAAAAAGAUGAGAGGUUAGAUUUUGAUGAUAAUGAACCGGAAUAUGAACAUGAAGAAUAUGGCGGGGUGGAUUAUGAUGAUAAGGAAAUUGAACAAGAGGAUGUUCAGGAGGUGGAAGAUGAAUUUGAGGAAGAACAUGAGGAGAAUGCUGGUGAAGAGGAAGAGGGUAAUUUAGUUGAGGAGGAAUUGGAAGAGGUUCCUGAAGAACUUGAGGGUGAAGAGGAUGAUGAGCAUGCUGGUGAGGAAGUUGAACGUGCUGAGAUGGCUGACGUGGAGGAAGAGGAUGAGCACCAUGAGGUGUUUAAGGAGAGACGCAAGCGGAAGGAGUUUGAAAUAUUUGUUGGUGGUUUAGACAAGGAUGCUACUGAGGAUGAUCUUCGGAAAGUAUUCAGCCGUGUUGGUGAGGUUACCGAAGCCAGGCUAAUGAUGAACCCCCAGACUAAGAAAAACAAAGGGUUUGCAUUCUUGCGUUUUGCAACUGUCGAGCAAGCAAAACGAGCUGUGACAGAGCUCAAAAACCCAGUGAUCAAUGGGAAACAAUGUGGUGUUACUCCAAGUCAAGACAGUGACACCCUUUUUCUGGGUAACAUUUGCAAGACAUGGACAAAGGAAGCUUUGAAAGAGAAAUUGAAACACUAUGGAGUUGAGAAUGUUGAGGAUUUGACCCUGGUAGAAGAUAGUAACAACUUGGGAAUGAAUCGGGGGUUUGCGUUUCUGGAAUUUUCUUCUCGGUCAGAUGCUAUGAAUGCUUUUAAGCGUCUUCAGAAGAGAGAUGUUUUAUUUGGAGUGGAUAGGCCUGCAAAGGUAUCUUUUGCAGAUUCCUUCAUUGGUCCUGGUGAUGAAAUCAUGGCACAGGUGAAGACUCUGUUUAUUGAUGGCCUGCCUGCAUCAUGGGACGAGGAUCGUUUUCGGGUGCUUUUGAAGAAAUACGGGAACAUAGAAAAGAUUGAGCUUGCACGGAAUAUGCCAUCUGCCAGGAGAAAGGAUUUUGGUUUUGUUACCUUUGACACUCAUGAUGCUGCAGUGGCAUGUGCUAAAAGCAUCAACAAUGUAGAGUUGGGUGAGGGAGACAACAAGGUUAAAGUUAGGGCCCGCUUAUCAAGACCCCUCCAAAGGGGAAAAGGAAAACAUGCAAGUCGUGGUGAUUUCCAAUCUGGGCAUGGAGCUAGUAGAGUUGUCAGGGGUCCAUGGGUUCGUCCUCUGCAGCAUAGCUACUCUACUCGUGCUCCCCCAGUCAGAGGAAUUGCAACUCGUGCUCCCCCAGUCAGUCUAAAGAGGUCUCCAGGAUUGAGAGAGAGACGUCCUCCUGUGAUGUCCAUGCCAGCAAGAAGCAGGCCUCUGGCUCCUCAUUCUAGGUCCUAUGACAGGAGACCACCUCCUCCAUCUUACCCAAAGGGUAGCUUCAAAAGGGAAUAUGUUCGGCAUGAGGAGCUUCCUUCUCCAAGGAGCAGACCUGCUGUAGAUUAUGGUCCCAGGUCUGUUCCAGAAAGACGGCCAUCCUAUAGAGAGGACUACUCUUCUCGUGGUACCAGCUAUUCUGAUCUUCCCAGAAGUACAUCUCGCACAUCUGCAAGGAGAGCUUAUGCUGAUGAUGGCUAUAAUCAAAGGUAUGAGAGGCCUCCUCCAAGUUACCAUGAAGGGCGUUCCCGUGAUUAUGAUUCUGUUGCUGGAUCAAAACGUCCAUAUUCAGCAAUUGAUGAUAUUCCUCCCCGUUAUGCUGAUGCCGGUGCUCGCCAUUCGAGGCCUCGUUUGGAUUAUGAACUUGGUUCCAGAGCUUCUCAAUAUGGGGAUGCAUAUAGUGAUAGACUUGGGAGAUCUGCUGUAGGAUAUGGGGGCAGCAGAAAUUCUAUUUCCAGUCAGGAUUCACAUGGGAUGUAUAGUAGCCGUCAGGGUAUGGGUUAUGGAGGUUCUUAUGGAGGCAGUGAUGGUGGAAUGUACCAAUCAAGCUACAGUGGUGAUUACAUGUCUCGCGGCGGUGAUGUUGGUGGUAGCUCUUACUCGUCAAUGUACUCAAGUCGUGGCAUGGGCAGCAGCAACUACAUGGGUACUGGUAGCUCAGGAUCAUAUUAUUAAUGUGAGUAGAACUGCUUCUUUUAUUUCAUUUUAUUUCAUAAAGUGCUCAAGGAACUAUAUAACCAUCUUGUCUAAGUGUUUUUCCUGGAGAUAAUGGUUUAUGGAGACGUUGACAUGUUAUUGAUUGCUAAGAGGCGUAAUUGGUCGGAAAAGGAGCCUAUGGUCACUAGUUAUUUCUUUAUGGAACAGAUUUGAGAUGACAAAGAGGCUGCUAUAGGAUGUGGACUAUUGAAGCUUGUGCUUAUAGUGCUUACAGUUUUGGAUGAUGUUGACAAGUGCAAUAGGCCUCUAUAUGUGGUUGAAAAGGUUGAGCUUAGAGUUCUACAGAAUGAAAAGUCUGCUUUUUGUUCAUGUCCAUUUUAGAUAUGCAGACUGGACAUUUAUCAAGUCUCAAGUUCAUGCUGUAAGGAAACUUCACCUGUUUAGGAAUGGAAACAAGAAUUCUUGGCUAUGAUAUAUGUAUGAAUUUGAUCUUUUAUUCUC